AUGGUCUCGAUUGUUGACGCCGAGCAGGCAAGAAAAUUGUCGCUUUUCCGGCCUCUAGGCUACCAACGCAAUUCUUGUGGCUACUGCAAAUCUGAUGAUGGCUCGGCCUCCUACUACACUAGCUCGGUCUCUGUGCGACCGGCCCAUUAUGAGGCCCUUGUCAAUCGGGGUUGGAGAAGAUCGGGCACGCUGUACUACAAGCAGAACCUGCAGCGGUCAUGCUGCCCUCACUAUACGAUGAGACUGGAGGCAUUGGACUUCAAACCUCGCAAGGAUCAACGCAAGGCCGUGAACCGCUGGAACAAGUUCGUUCUCGGUCCUGAAUACAUCCGUCGAGCCGCGUAUCUCUGCCCCAAGACACGGGAGGAAAAGAAGGCCCGCAAGUCCCACUUCGACCUCCUGGGGGCCGUCCACGAAGCCGAAUAUAGCAAUGUGAAACGGCCCAUUGACCCUAAGACGAAGAAGUACCUCGAGCCUGCGCAUCGAUUCGAGGUUAAUCUGGAGGGCGACUCCAUCUCUCAGGCCAAAUUCGACCUCUUCCGCAAGUAUCAGACUACAGUCCACAAGGAAGACGUCUCGAAGUGGCAGACCAAGGACUUCAAGCGCUUCCUUUGCUCAGGCCUGACGCGCUCACCCGCCGAUCCGAAGAAGUCGGACGAGAAGAAGCUCGGAUCGUGGCAUCAGUGCUACCGUCUCGAUGGCAAGCUCAUCGCCGUAGCUGUAUUAGAUCUGAUGCCUAAUGGUGUGAGCUCUGUAUACAUCUUUUAUGACCCAGACUAUGAACAAUGGGAGUUCGGCAAGUUGAGCGCGAUGCGGGAGAUCGCUUUUGCCGUGGAGGCUCAAUACCCGUACUACUACAUGGGAUACUAUAUCCAUACAUGUCAGAAAAUGCGGUACAAGGGAACCUUCAAGCCCCAGUACAUCCUCGACCCCGAAUCCUACGCCUGGGACCCUCUCGACGGCGAACUCUCCCAGAAACUCGACACUCGACCCUACGUCUCCCUUUCACGAGACCGCCAAGCAACCACCGCUACUGCUGAGAAGACUCAUUCUGAGCCCGACACCGCUGAUGCGGAAAUCAACGAUGAGGACAUGUCACUCUUUGACUUGCACAUGCCUGGCGUGUUGACUCUGGAGGAAGUGAAGGCGCUAGACCUGGACCACUGGUUGCUUCUGGUGCAUGGGUCCUUUGUACAUAUGAUUGACCUUGUCGGAUGGGAGAGAAUGCCGAUGGACAACCCUCAAUCGGUGAAGGGGAUUGUCGCGGAGCUGGCGGCGGUGCUGGGACCGGAGGUCUUCAAGCAGAGUGCCGUGGUGCUAUUUGAUUAG